CACCCAUACCCGCCGCUGGGCGGACAGUUCCGCAACAACAUCGUCCACGAGCUCAACGCACAGUACGCGCAGCGCGUGCGGCUCGCGGUGUCGUUCAACCUGCGUGGUGCCGGGCGCUCGGAGGGCAGCACAUCAUGGACCGGGAUCGCCGAGCAGGAAGACCUACGGACGAUGCUCGAUGCACUG